AUGGUUUUUGAAGGUGGAUAUAGAAUGAAAAGUAAUAAAUGGAACCAAAACUAUGAUCUGCAGAUAAUAGCUUUCUUUAAACUUGGAUUGAGACAUAGUAAGUUUCAGUGUAUCAAAACCUGCUAUUGGAUACCUCCUCCUAUGGGUUAUACUAUGUUCUUUUGUGAUGGCUCAUCUUUUGGCAACCCUGGAGCAGCUGGUUUUGGUGUUGUGGUGAGGGAUCAUGUAUGUCAAGUGCUUGGAGUCUUAUCUGGAGGUAUAGGCAUUGGUACUAACUACAUUGCAGAAGUGUAUGUUGUAGUGUGUGCAGCAGAAUUAGCAGUGGAACGGGGUCUGAAAAACAUUGUUUUAUGUUCAGAUUCAAAAUCAGUGAUUGAGGAUUUUGCUCAGGGGAAUGUUCCAUGGUUUCUUCACAUGAGAUGGGUUAAAGCUACCAGUAAAAUAUCAUCUAUCAUUUACAUGCACGGCUUCAGAGAAGUAGAUUUUUCUGCAGAUUCUGCAGCUAAAAGAGGAGCUAACUUGGCGGCUGGUGAAAGACAAUUUAUCAUGGGGAGACCUUCCUUCCUAACCAGAAUUGAACUACCAGGAGUGGAAUACUACAGAUUCUGCUAA